AUGGUCGCCGAAGAUUUCGAGGCCGUUCUCAAGGCCAAAUACCCGAGCAAGUCGCACGCCAAGCGCGUCGUCGACCUCAUCCGCGAAAAGAUCCCCGAUGCGAACGGUAUCCUAUACCUCGAGUCUCGCAUGACCAAGCUCCUCGAGGACAACGACGAGCCCGAACCCUUCCGUCAGCGCCGAUUCUUCUACUACCUCACCGGCUGCAACCUACCCGACUGCUACUACAUCUACGAUAUCCAAUCCUCAAAGUCGAUCCUCUUUAUUCCUCCCAUCGAUCCCGAUAGCGUCAUCUGGUCCGGUCUUCCCCUCAGCAUCGACGAGGCCCUCCAAAAGUACGAUGUCGACGAGGUCAAGCUUACCUCUGAGCUGAACGCUACCCUGGCGCACCUCGGAAGGGCCAACCCCCAAUCGACAGCUUACGCGAUCGCGAACCAGGUCUCGGACCACGUCACAUUCCUCGAGUUCGAGAAGAAGAACUUUGAUGCUCUGAAGGAGGCCAUUGAGGUCUCCCGUGUUGUCAAGGACGAGUUCGAGGUUGCCAUGAUCCGCAAGGCCAACCACGUGUCGGACAUUGGCCACCGAGCUGUUCUGGAAAAGGCCAAGACGGCCGUCAACGAGAGAGAGUUUGAGGCUGCUUUCUUGGAGAGAUGUGUGGCUAAUGGAGCCAAGGAGAUGGCCUACCAUCCCAUUGCAGCUAGUGGAAGGGCUGCCGCGACUCUGCACUAUGUGACCAACGAGGCACCCCUCGAAGGAAAGCUGAACUUGUUGAUGGAUGCUGGUGCUGAGUGGAACAACUAUGCUGCUGAUAUCACCCGAACCUUUCCCCUGUCGGGCAAGUUUUCCAAGGAGUCUCGUGAGAUCUACGAGAUUGUUCUCAAGAUGCAGAAUGAUUGCAUAGCAGUGCUCAAGGAGGGUGUUUUGUGGGAUGACGUGCACCUGCUUGCCCACAAGAUUGCCAUUGAUGGUCUCCUUUCCAUUGGUGUUCUGAAGGGCGACAAGGAUGAGAUCCUCAAGGCCCGUACCAGCGCUGCCUUCCUGCCUCAUGGUCUGGGCCACUAUCUCGGCAUGGAUACUCAUGACACUGGUGGUAACGCCAAUUACGAGGAUAAGGACAAGCUCUUCCGAUACCUGCGCGUGCGAGGCAACCUUCCCAGCGGCAGUGUGAUUACCGUCGAGCCCGGAAUUUACUUCUGCAACUUCAUCAUCGCCCCGUACCUGGAGGAUCCUGUGCACAGCAAGUUUAUCGAUUCGGCCGUGCUUGAUAAGUACUGGGAUGUCGGUGGAGUCCGUAUUGAGGACAACAUUCUUAUUACCAAGGAUGGAUACGAGAACUUGACGAUUACGCCAAAGGAGGUUGACGAGAUAGAGACUCUGGUCUCGAACUGA